CAGCGCCCUCCUGGGGCGAGUCCCGCCAUUACGAGUCUAGGGGCGGGAGAGUUGGCCGAGGGCCGGAAACUUGCUCGAAAGUUGCGAGAAGCCGCCCGCCCUCGCAGCCCUCAGCAACAAGGCGGCGGCCGCUCGGCGUCUCUCUUUCUCUGUGUCGGUUUGUGUGUGUGUAUGUGUGUGUGAGAGAGGAGGGCCAUGUCGGGGUCCUCUAACGUCGCGGCCAUGAGGAAGGUGGUGCAGCAGCUGCGCCUCGAGGCCAGCGUGAGCCGCGUGAAGGUUUCACAAGCUGCAGCUGACUUAAAGCAGUUUUGUUUGCAAAAUGCACACCAUGAUCCUUUGCUAACAGGCGUCUCUUCAAGUAUAAAUCCAUUUAAACCACAGAAAGUCUGUUCAUUUCUCUAAUACGGUGAAAUAGAUGUGAUCUUUUCAUGAUCUUCUAACAAUUUUUCCUAACUGUUGAAGCAUAUGAUGGAUAUGAAAGUGAAGGAGGGUGUCUUGGACCCUGUACAGGAAGUUUGUGUUAAUGUGCCAACUUAGAGCUAGUAAUACUGCUACUGUUGUCAAAACUCUUACAGUCUACCUCUCUAAACAAAUUGUAUGCUAGUUGCAUAACUUCUGUAUCAUGAGGGAACCAAUUUUAUAUUCAAACAAUAAAGAGUUGACUUAAUGGCUUUGAAUUUUAGCACAGAGUUUUACAGCUUGAAUAAAGGAUGUUUUCACAGAG